AUGUCCCCAGCACCGUCCUUCCACGAUGAACUCGGAGUCAAGGUGCGGCACUGGAACUUCCGCACGUUCCUGGCCGUCAAUGUCAUGUGUAUCGGGGCGGCGGCAUUCGGCUACGCGCAAGGCAUCAGCGGGUCGACGCUGGGCCAGCCGUCGUUCUCGCUGGACAUGGGACUGACGACGGCGUCGAACGCGACGCAGCUGAUCUCGGCCAUGAACGCCUUGUUCUACGUGGGCGCCUUCUUCGGCACGGUGGCCAACGGAUGGAUUGCCGAUCGUUGGGGCCGCAAGCCCUCGAUCCUGCUGGGCACCAUCAUCGUGCUGGUCUCGGCCGCGCUGCUGGCCGGUUCAGUCAAUAUGGCCAUGUUCAUCGUGUUCCGCUUCUUCAGCGGCUUCGGUGCCUACAUCCUGGCCAUGUCGGUGCCACUCUGGAUCACCGAGACGGUGCCGCCGGACGUGCGCGGCAUCUUCGCCAUGUUCAACGGCUUCUUCAUCAACAUCGGCUACCUGCUGGCCUCGUAUAUUGGCUUCGGCUUCUACCACUACACGGGCGCCGGGCUGGCGGCCUGGAGGGGCCCUAUCGCGCUGAACGGCGCGCCCUGUGUCGCUAUGCUCAUGGGCCUUUACUGGAUGCCGGAGUCGCCGCGCUUUCUGCUGAUGAAGGGCAAAGACGCCGAGGCUCGCCGCAUCGUGCGCAUGCUGCAUUCGUCGGUCGCCGAUCCUGACCACUACUACGCCGAGAAGGAGCUGUUUCAGAUGCGCAAGCAGAUCGAACUCGACCGGACGCUCGACUCGUCCUGGCUCGCCAUGUACAAGAGACCGUCGUACUUUCGACGGAUGGUCAUGGCGUUUUUCGUCGUCUUUUCCAUUGCUGCCAGUGGUGCACAAGUCAUAGCGAACUACGCGUCCAUCCUCUUCUCCAAUCUCGGCUUUGGGCCGACGAAACAACUCCUCUUCUACGCCGGACUAUACUGUGCGUCGACGCCGCCCAACCUGCUGGAAUGUCUGUACAUCGACCGGAUGUCGCGCACCAAGCUCGUGGCGAUCGGGCUGAUCAUCCUCGCGUGCAUCAUGAGCGUCUACACGGCGCUGACGGCGCAGUUCAUCAACACGACCAACCUGGCGGGCCAGAAGGCCGCGGUGGCCAUGCUGUUCAUCUUCUUCUUCGCCUACGCGGCCACAGUCGACGGGCCGACCUGGUUCUACACGGCCGAACUGUUCCCCACGCACCUGCGCAGCAAAGGCAUGGUCGUUGGCACCGGCACCUACGCCCUGUCCAGUCUGGUCUGGGUCAUGUCCGGCCCCACGGCGAUCAAGAACAUCGAAUGGCGCUUCUUCCUCAUCUUCAUCAUCUUGAACGUCUUGUCCGCCAUCAUCAUCUGGAUCUGGUUCCCUGACACCAAGGGCAAGAGCUUGGAAGAGAUUGCCGCCUUGUUCGGUGACGAUGAUCUCGUCGUCGUCUAUACCCGCGACAUCCACCUCGACGCCCACCACCACGUCGUGGCCGACCUCGCUCUCGACGGCGGCAAGUCUGCUACCGUCAUUGAGGAUAUCACGGAUGAGUCGGAGAAGUAUGGUCGUCCGAGCGUCGAGCGGGAAGCGAAGUAG